AUGGCAGACAGAGGCACUGCCCACCAGCAUCAUGUUUCGAAAAACAAAGCUCCCGAUCCCGAUUCACCCGCGGAGUUUCCCAGCAUUGAAGAAGGCAAGCAAUCCUCAGCAAACGGUGUACUAGAGGCCCUGGGAUACGAAGCUGAACUCGUUCGAAACCGCUCCGCGCUCCAUGUAGCUUUCAUGUCGUUUGUACUGGCAGCUAUCCCAUAUGGACUGGCUACGACUUUCACCUACCCUCUUAUUGGGGGAGGCCCCGUCAACAUAAUUUGGGGAUGGCUGGCCGUCUCUUUGAUUACUCUAUGUGUGGCUGCCUCACUUGGCGAAAUAACCUCUGUCUAUCCAACUGCUGGCGGGGUCUACUACCAGGCUUUUAUGCUGUCUCCACCGUCAUAUCGAAGAAUCGCCUCGUGGAUUUGCGGAUGGUCAUAUGUCGUUGGAAAUAUCACCAUCACACUUGCAGUUAACCUUGGGAGCACUCUUUUCUUCAUCUCAUGUAUCAACGUUUUCGAGUCCGCUCCAGGAGUGGGAAUCUUCCAAGCGGAAACAUAUCAAGUCUUUCUUAUAUUUCUCGCAGUCACACUUUUUGCUAAUGCAGUAUCUGCUUUUGGAAACAGAUGGCUACCUUAUCUUGACACGUUCGCAAUAUUCUGGACUCUUGCAGGACUGUUGACUAUUGUGAUAUGUGUCCUUGCAAUUGCGAAAGAGGGCAGACAUGACGCCGCAUAUGUCUUUACUAGUUUUGAGCCUGAGUCUGGUUGGCCAGCAGGCUGGUCCUUCUGCGUCGGACUCCUACAGGCAGCUUAUAGCACUUCCUCCACUGGCAUGGUGAUUUGUAUGUGCGAAGAAGUCCAGCAACCAUCAACACAAGUCCCAAAAGCAAUGGUUGGAACGGUCAUUAUAAACACCCUGGCUGGAUUCCUCUUCCUUGUGCCAUUGGUUUUUGUGCUCCCUGACACAAAACUUUUAGCCACUCUUGAAUCUGGUCAGCCUGUUCCGAGUAUUAUCAAGUCUGCUAUUGGAAGUCCAGUUGGAUCUUUCCUACUUCUCUUGCCAUUGGUAGUACUCGCUAUGUUGUGUGUCAUAGGCUGCACUACGGCUGUCUCCCGAAGCAUAUGGGCGUUUGCUCGCGACGGGGGUAUACCAGGCUCCGUAUGGUGGAGGCAGAUAAACAGCGAUGGCGUACCUUUUAAUGCUAUGAUGCUUGGUAUGGUUGUUCAAAUAUUGCUCGGAUUGAUCUACUUCGGGUCAAACACGGCAUUCAAUGCUUUCACUGGCGUCGGUGUUAUUACGUUGACUGUCAGCUAUGCCUGUCCAAUCAUUGUGUCACUCGCUGGAGAUACCUGGUCUAAAUUCGCCGUGAAAAAGGUAGACCCUGAUACCAGUUUCAAAUGGUAUCAUACAGAUAUAUUUACACGAUGGCUACCCUCAACUAAUCAAACUGUGAUCCUCGCCUUCGAUCUCGACCCGCCCGUCAAAGAACGUUUCCUAAGAGCAGUGAUGAGACCGGAUGAAAGAUGGCUUAACGAUCCAUUCUGGAUCUAUCCACAUUUAGCCGAGCUGAUUGCGUUGAUUGAGGAGCCUUCUGUAUGGGCCAUCCGAGAUCAUGUCCGACUGACCGAGACAGAAGCAAAGCCGGAAGGGAGACCGCAGCCCGACUACAGACGACUCCACGACAUCGCUCGGCAUGCUAUUCAUGUGAACGAGACACUCGACAUUGCCUUGCAAAAUAUGGAGCACAUCUUGAUACAACAUGAGAGCUAUAUCUCGAACCCAGAUAAUGACUCUGCGUCGUCCGAAGACAUUCACUUCCGUCUCCGAUCCUGGCAGUCUUUCAUUGCCAACUUACGAUCCCGGUCCAUUUCAAAUGAGAAGAGGCUGCAAAAUGAAAUCCAAUUGGCUUUCAAUACUGUGGCUCAGCAUGACGCCAGUGUUACGCUUGAAAUUGGUCGGGCAACCCAAUUGGACAGUGCCACGAUGAAAACGAUCGCCUUUGUCACACUUACGUUCCUCCCUCCUACUUUCAUCUGCGCUAUCUUCAGCAUGUCAUUUUUUGAUUUUGGUGGUGACUCCGGUUGGACCAUGUCAAACAAGUUCUGGGUUUAUUGGGUCUUCGCUAUACCAACUACCAUUCUUACAACGCUGGUAUGGACUUAUUGGCCGGAAAUCCGUCGCAUAUUGUUGUCCACAAAUGAAUAG